GGGAACUAAAAUUGGCAUUUGUAUAGCUUUAGGCAUCAUUUUGUUCAAGACCUUGGUCAAAUCCAACUUGAUGGAAUUCCAGCUAACCUUAUCUGACUAUGGCACUCAUACUUGUCAGCUAACCAUUCCAAAUCAUCAGUCUUCAGAGAAGACAGACAGGAGGAGGCGUAUGCUUAAGGAACUGCGUUAGUCAAAUAUAAUUUGUAAUUCAAGAAAAAAAAAUGGAAUGCAGAGUGGUGCUAUGAAAGGUAAUGUUGAUCUUUAGCAAUUUCAACCACUCAUGGAAUUGAAUAUCAUCUACUAAACAGAUCUCUUCACUGUGUUCUUCUUGAGUGUGAAUGACAUUGUGCCAUAAACUUUAACCUUUCUAAGGAUGAUUUGUCUGAAGCUAGGUAAGCAAUUGAAAGAAGUAUCAAUCAAGUUCGAACACCUACAUUCGCUUACCUGGAUUUCUCUAGAGAUUCUUUUUUCGUGUUUAGGUAGACUUCGAGACCAAAAGGAAUUUGUAUUUGUUGCAUUGAAUCUAAAAUUAGCAUAGUCCUUUCUUAAAAGUUCUGUUUUCCCUCUCCUGAAAAAUCUAUUGGAUGUUUAAAAUUUAAAUUGAUUUUAUUUAUGGCACGUUUUAUCAACAUAACAGGAGAAUGGCCAUUCAACAAUGUAUACUUGGAUCCUGAGCACAGGUUGGUGGAAGAGCAGAGCUCCUGUCAAUCCAGAUGCUGUUAUUGUUGUUGGAGUCUUAUGCACUUGUUUAUUUGCCGGCUUUGUUUACAUCAACAGGUUGAAAACUGGGGAAUCGAUCAUCAAGAGGUCAGAUCAGUCCUUGCGACUUAUAUUGUUUAUCGCUGCCCUCUACUGUAUAUGGUGUGCCAGUCAAAUAUACUGGCGAAAUCCUCCGCAACCCGCUAUAGGGGAAGAGGCAGAUCUUGGAGUCGUCAUAUUUAUGUCUCUCUACUUCUUUCUGCCACAUUGCCUUUGCUUGCUGUCGAUGAACCAGAGAGAUCACCCUGAGACAGCAGAUCAAUUGCCUUUCUGACUGCUGCACGGAUCAUCAAUCACCGUAGCAAAAAUCAUCAGAAUUGCACAUGAGAAUUGAUAUUUCAUGUCGACAAGGCGUUGGCAGUAUAGAGGAGAUAUUCAGAGUUCUCGAGAUUUAUUGAGUACAUUUUCGACAAGUGACAUUUUAUUUUCCUACUUAUGUGAUCACAAAAUCCGGUUGAUUAGUCACC